AUGGAGUUGCUAAACCCUAUGCACUUCCGCAUUGCCAACAGGUCAGAUGGCGAUUACUUAAUGUCCCACCAACGCAUCACCACAACACAUCUAUUCGCCAACAUUGGACACGUCAAUGCUGACACCCCUCCACCCCAUCCCUCUCUGCACCGCACCCAUCUCACCCCUCCCACCGUCUUCUUCUCACUUCUCCUCUCCAUUUCUCCACCCCAUCCCUCACACUACUCCUCACCGCAUAGACACGGAGAUGCGAAUCGUUUGGUGGAGGACAAAUCAACCAACAGAGGCAGCAUUCAGUGUGCGUGGACACGAGGUGGUGGUGUCCAUGCUCAUUCCUUCCACCACUGCUGUCAACGUGAUGAUCCAAUCGCCGCCCACGAAUGA